GAGCAACCUCCAUCUAGUAGCUAUGUUACCUAUCAUUUCUCAGACGUGCCUACUCCCUCCGGUUGUAACUGUGUUUCUAUUCUCUGUUCUCUAAAGUACAUAAUGCAACAAAUUAUGGCACAAAACGUGUCUGAGGCAUCUAAAAGCGACCGCCCAUCAAUAUUUCAUAAGUGGGAUGCAAAUUCUCAUAGAGUAUUCGGGCAUUUUUGACCAAAACUUUCCCACUUCUUACAAACUCGUAGUGCCAACUAUAAUUGCCCCACUUCUUAUUGCUUGUGGGAAGGGGAAGUAAAGGUAUCAAGCCAUGGACAAUAGCUUUUUCAUUAAUCAGAGAUGGAAGCUUUGCACAUUUACAUGCCUCACAAGCAUUAUCAUUCUGGUGUUCUUGCUUAGUCAAGACCAUGAGACCCUGAACUUCUUAACUUUUCGAAGCUCGACCUCAUCGGUGUCAUCUUCAUUCAGUCUUGUUGACUACUAUGUUGCAGCUAGCAUUCAGUUGCAGCCCAAUGAUACUUCACUUCCUCUCAGUGAGGAUGAUAAACAUGAGAAGAAAAGCUGCAACAUCUUUGAUGGCAAAUGGGUUUAUGAUCCCAAGGCAAGUCCUCUCUAUGAUCAAACUAAGUGUCCAUUUCUUAGUGACCAAGUUAGCUGUCGAAGGAACGGCCGGCGAGAUUUUGGCUACGAGAAGUUGAACUGGGAAGUCACUGGGUGCAAGGUGCCCAGGUUUGAUGGCAAAGAUAUGUUAGAGAAGCUAAGAGGAAAGAGAGUGAUCAUAGUUGGGGACUCACUUAACAGAAACCAAUGGGAAUCUCUUGCUUGUCUUCUCUAUUCUGCUUUACCUCCUUCUCAGGUUUAUGUUGAUGUAAAAAGUGGCAGCUACAAGAUCUUCAGAGCAAAGGAAUACAAUUGUUCUGUGGAAUUUUUCUGGAGUCCAUUUCUCGUCGAACUAAAAGUCGACGAGGAAAAUGGUGCUAGAAUAUUGGAGCUUGACAAACUCUCAGCUAUGUCAAAGAAAUGGUAUGGUGCAAAUAUCAUGGUGUUCAAUACUGGUCAUUGGUGGGUGCAUCAGGGAAAGUUGCAAGCAUGGGACUACUUUCAUCAUGAUGGGAAGAUGAUAGCAACAAUGAAGAUGGAGUUAGCACUUGAGGCAGCCAUGAAAACCUGGUCAAAUUGGAUUGAUCAGAAUGUGGAUACGAAUAAAACAGCAGUUUUCUUUCGAAGUAUAUCCCCAGAACACAAGGGGAAGCAAUGGUGCUACAACGAAACCGAACCGUUCUUCGACGAGUCCUACCAAAAGAUAUUCCCUGAGUCGUUAACUGAAGUAUUCGAGAGAACAAUGAAGAGAAUGAAAACCCCAGUAAAGUAUUUGAACAUAACAAAACUAUCCCAGUAUAGAAGAGAUGCACAUCCAUCAAUUUAUGCAAAAAAGCAAGGAAAGCUUUGGGUAGCAACAAAGCAGAGAAAAGAAGAGAUCAUUGCUGAUUGCAGCCAUUGGUGUUUGCCUGGUUUGCCUGAUACUUGGAACAGGCUCUUGUAUGCUACUAUUGUGUCAGACUUCCAUUAAUAAGUCUCGAUCAGUACUACCAACUGAUACUCCCAAAUACCCUUUAGAUAUAUAAUUGAUACGCGAUUUGGCAUAGCUAUUUUAGAUUGGUUGAACCUUUUUAAUCAUCAUCUUCACGCCUGUGGCCCUACAAAGCCACGUAAAAAACAAUCCACUUGAAUAUCUUCAACAGUAUCAAUGAAAUUCAAUUCUUUGUUUUAUCUUUGUA